CCCUCCACUACUUCCUGCAUGUGCCGACAAUAUGGCAGCGCCCGUAAGCAUUCAGCUGGAGUUUGGGUAAGAGAAUUUAUUGCAUAUUGACAUAUUUUUCUGCCUAGUUUCUCAUUCUUUCUGUGUUUAAGCGGAAACGGAAUCUUUAACCACCUCCUUAUCUCUAUAUUUUCCUGAAUUGUCCGUCGUUUAAUCGGUAAGAUGGGCGUUUUAAACAUGUACGAGUGAAGUUACAGUGAAGUUUGAGUUUGUUUAUGAAAAACAAAAUCAUCAUUUCAGGUUACUUUACGUUCCUCCAUGACUGCAUACAGAGCAACUCGAUCCCUGACUUAGGUCUCAACAUUGUGAGAUCUAUCAUGCAGACUUUAGACAGACUCAUAUGUCGAGACUGGUGCUCAGUUGCACUUAAAUCGGAGAAAGUCUCAGUUCAAAGUAGAUUACACUGCAGUUUGAUCAAACUCAGAGAGGACACUAAACUGACUGAACUAGGAGCUGGCUGCUGUAAAAGUGACCCACUUAAGACACGUCCCCCCCUAAAGACCUGACCUGAUUUGAGACUGGAACCAACAUCAAGUCUCAGAAAAUCCCACAAUAACAUUAAACACAUUUCCAAGUUAUUCAAAAUCAAGAAAUAAACAGAUGUUAUAGGAUAAUCAUAAAGUUUUCCUCUCAUUUUAAGAAUUUGAUGAAUAUCAGACAGUAGCUGCUGUACAGCAGGUCUGUUCAUUUAUAAAGUCAGCUUGCGUUUCCAUCAUGACAACAGGAGAUCCACUGACUGAGAGUGUUUAUUGUUGUGAUGUGAUGUGAUGGAUGAUCUAAAAUUGGGAGUGCAGGAAAAAAAUCUACAGGCUGACAACAGGAGAUCCACUUACUGACAGUGUUUGGGUGUGUUUGUGGGGCAGCAGGACUGAGUGAGAACAAGGAAGGAAUGCCUGGGUGGAGUUUGCCAUGGUCCAGCCCGAUCAAUAGAAAAAUGCAUUAAAGGGAUAUUCCUGCGUAAAAUUAAUUUAGGGUCAAACACAGAGUUAGACAGAGUUAGAUAUCCCCUCUCUAUAGAUGAAUGUUGCAGACCGCUUGCUUCUCUAGUUAUACCAACUUUAGUAACAACCGCAGGAUAGCAAUACACAGCGGUCUGAGGAUCCAUGAACAAACCUCAACCAAAACGCCACUCUAUAGCCACAGAUAAUGCUCAGAACAGCACCUAACUUCAUCAACAGUACAUAUAGGGUCCUAGCCACAGCACUAACCACCAAACAUCUUUUUAACUUUGCCUAAUUUCUUUAACAAAGAGACUAAACACAACUCACCUACUUUCUUCCAGCAGCCGCUUGUUUGAAGCGAGACCUUGGGGCAGUCCAUUACAGACUACAGCGGGGUGACGCAGCUCAAGGAAGAACAUUUAUGAUCAUUUCUUUAUCAAUUCCUUGAAGUAAUAAUCACCAUAUUCAUCUCUUUUGAGAGUGGUAAAGUUGUGUUUAGUCUCUAUGCUAAAGAAAUUAGGCAAAGCUAAAAAACAUGUUUGGUGGCUAGUACUAUGACUGGGACCCUAUAUGUACUGUUGAUGAAGUUUGGUGCUGUUCUGAGCAUUAUUUGUGGCUAUAGAGUGGCGUUUUGGUUGAGGUUUGUUUUUGGCUCCUCAGACCGCUGUGUAUUGCUAUCCUGCGGUCGUUACUGAAGUUGGUAUAACUAGAGAAGCAAGUGGUCGGCAACAUUUAUCUCUCGAGGGUGUGUCUAACUCGGUGUUAUGGUGUGUUUGACCCUAAAUUAAUUUUAUGCCAGGGUCUCCCUUUAAUACAGUAUGUAAACACUAUUUUAUACAACAGCUUUGGGUCUAAUAAUUGAUCAUACUUAAUAAUCACCAUCUGAACAUUGAUCAUAGUAAUCAGAAUUAUUAUUGUGUCCAUGGAGUUAAGGUCGUACAGUCUCAGACUAGUUCACUAUUCCACUUAAUACAAAGAGAUCUUAAGCAGAAUAACAAAAUAGUAUAAACCUGGUAGAAAAUCUCAAGUAGUUUACAAAUAUAAACCCUGGCCUGUUACUGUUUUCCUGAUCUUGUUGUUCCUUCUUUACUUACUACCUCUCUGGUAAAUAAAAUUGAUCUGUGAUGAUUAAUAACUAAUCUUAGAGAUGUUUUUACUUUUAGAGCUGGAACAUCUGAAUAGAUCUGCCUCUGACCUCUUCAUCAUACUGUGAGCUUAUUAACAGCAGCAGCAUUACUUUGAACUCCCAGAACUCUUAGCUAAAUUAGAUUUCCUGUCAUUGUAACAUACAGUCACUUCAUCUUGAAUUGUACGAGGAAGUGGAAAAAGCACUGUGCUCAUAUUUUUUAUUGCAGGAAAUUCAUCACAAUUAAUUAGCUGGAGGAAUUGAUAAACUACAAAUGAUGAAGUGAGAACUUGAAUGCUGGUGAGAAAUGCACAUGAGUGAUUACGGUUGUCUUUUUGUCCAGUGGUGGAGCAGAGCUGCUGUUUGACGGUGUGAAGAAACAUCAUGUGACUCUUCCGAGCCAAUCAGAACCCUGUGAGUAUCAGCUGUCACCUGUCUGUUACUGUCAUGAGUGGAGCCUUAUUGUGUACCUGAAAAUGAUGGUCUCGUUACAUUAUGAGGAUUUUUGUGUGACUGGUGUAACAAUGUCAGAGAAUGUCAUAUUAUUUAACAGAGGGCAAAAAAUCAGAACCCGUAAUGUAAUCUUUAUCUUAUUCAAAUAUCAUGUACUGUUUUUGUUCAUUAUUCACUUGAGACUGAAUUAUGUUUAGAGUACAACUUGAAAUUGGUUGUAAACUGUCAACUGUCAAUUUGUUGUACAACUUUUCAGGAUCAUAGUGUCACGUGAGAGCUUCAUGGGAGCUUACAUGCAUUUAAUUCAAUUAUAAUUAAAUUAUAUGAAUCACCUUCAUCCUACCCCCUGUUCUUUGAUAAAGGUCCAUCUAUUACACUGGGUUAGGUUUUUAACUCUGGUCCUGAAAUUCUGCCACGUUCCUUAAACACACAACUCUAACCAGGCCUCAUUCAAAAUAAAGGAAAAUAAACAGUAUAUUUUUAUAAUGAGUUAGUACCUGACUUUCUCAGUGAUCAUUUUGAAAACUUGCUUCUGAUUUGUCAGUGGUCAUUCACUUUGAGUAGCUAAGGCAGCAUGAAGGAACAAAUAAUAGCACACAUCCUGCAUUAAAUAAAAUCAAAUUAAGGAGGGAUGGCACAUUUGCUCUUUAUGAUUUCAUAUGUUUUUGUCAACAGUGCAACAGAAAUGUUUCCUAACAUGGAUGCUGGCUAACCUAGCAUUCCCUGUGACAAGACUUCUCUGCUUCACAUGUUCUGGUUUUAAUGUCACAUGACCACCAGCUAACUAAAUGUGAUAUCUCAAACGAUAAUAGCAUCAACUACUCAAAAAAUUUGAGAUUCAUGACUUUUUAAAUAUUUAAUAAUUAUGACCCUCACAUAAUCUGGUAUCAUAGUUCUACAUUCCCUUUAACCAAAUAUUAAGUUUCACUUUCUCUGCCGCCUCCUUCCUAUCGCUUUCUCUUUUCUUCACCUCCUCUCCUCCUGUCUUCUCAUCCUCCUCUCUAGCCUCCAAGUUGCUGUCUGUUUCUGUCUCUGAACCUUGUUGCCUUCUUAACUCGUAAAUUUUCGCCACUCUUGACAAUGUUAUGCUUUUGCAUUUGAAUGGGUGGUACCACAGAGGUUAAAAAUGAAGCAUAUGGUUUUUUUCUCUGUAUCACAGAAGAACAGAGAAACACAUGAGCUUGACGUCAUUUUUGGUCAUUUCAGCUGCUCAUUUUUUCAGAAAAACUUAACAGCAUGCCUCAUGAUCCACGUAGAUUAGAUUUUAUUCUUGGUUAUUCUGAUGAUGAGGAUGGCCAACUUUAAAAAAAAAAGACUAUUUUCCGAUCAGGACUGAGAUCAUUGAGAAAAGAGGGGAAGGAAAUGUUGAGGCCCCCAAUCGCAGUCUACUCGAUGUAUAAAUGUCUUGUCGUUUCUUAUGUACGAGGUUUUGUACGCGUGUGUGUAUGUGAGAGAGUGAGUGUUUGUGUUAGUGUGUAUGUGUGUGUGUAUGUAUGUGUGUAUGUGUGAUAUGGAAAGAGUGAACAAACGAGAAAUAUAUGUGCUUUUGGUAUUUGACCAAACAAAGGGUGUCCAACGACAGCGCUGGUGUUACCACGACAACAAAAAGACAAAAGUUGACCAGAACAGAGAAUGUCAGCUAGAUAUGACCUUGCUGCACCAGACGACCUCUGUGUGUGUGUGUGUGUGUGUGUGUGUGUGUGUGUGUGUGUGGUAUGAAAAAAAAAAAACAGAAUUUUUCUGCACAGUUCACGCUUUUAUCAUCAGACAUCGAACGCCACAUUUCCUGGCUGGUUUGCUUGUUUUGAUGGUACGACUGCACCGACUGGUUGUUUGCGUGUCUGCUGAACCCCCAUGAACUAAUUUCGCCUCACACAUCAGUGUGCGUUUGAUGAGUGUGUGUGAACACAGACGGGGUGCAGUGGAGGCAGAUAUAAUUGCUUCUGAAUCCUCCGUAUUUCUCUUUGACCCCAGUCGGUGAUUGAUGACCCUCGACUGAAAGACCCCACCCCCACUUUCUCCCUCUCUUUCUCCCCCUUUCUAUCCAACUCUCUCUCUCUCUCUCUCUCUCUCUCUCUUUCUCUCUCUCCUCCCUGGUCUAAGGAUCACACACUUUCUGCCCCAUGUAUGAGCAGAAAGAUGGAUCGCUCGCCCUCUUCCACACACACACACACAUGGCCGUCAUAAUCGCACAAAGACAGAAAAGCAAAAGGAGAAGAAGGAGAAAGGGCGGAAAGACUGCACGCACAAAAGAAAAGCGGGGUUUGAAUUGGCGUCAAAAUGGCGCCUUUUUCCUCCCCUCCCCUCCAUGUAUAUUUCCCACCCACGCUACGCAGAUAUCCCAAGAUGCUCUGGGGGUGUGUGACGCAUUUUUCCUCUCUAUCCUCCUUCAUUUUCUUACCGUUCUACCUGGAAUGGAAGCGUUAUUCGACAACACAGAUUUCCGUCUUUUCACCUCUCUGACUCUUGAUUUCUUCACAUUGUCCUCCAUAUUUUUACUCACUACAUUUAUACAAGCCUGUCCGGUUUAAAGACCUGUGCGUAACCUUUUACAAGAAAGCCGUUAAAAGGACAGCGCCUGAUGACUGUUUCUGUUAUAAAAAUCUUAACUGAUGAAAGUUGGAAUCAUUAUCGACCUGUGUAUCCAGCUACGACGGCCUUUUUAUAUUUUCUGUGUGCAACUUUUAACAUGUCUGCCUGUGUGUGUGUGUGUGAUCAGGGAGAAAAAGAAGAGAGGAAAGAGAAGAGGAGAGGUGAGCAGGUUUUAUGAGAGAGUUAAAGAGUGUGUGAGAGAGAGGGGAGAGAGAGAGAGAGAGCAAAUGAAAAGUAAAUGGGCGAGCAGAUGAAAGAGCGAAUAAGGAGGUAAUGGUGGAGAAAAAUUACCGAUAGUCAAGAACAGAGAGAGAGAAAGGAGUGACCACAAAGAAGGAGUUAUGACUGCUGGAGUGAUUAUUUCUGUUUUUAGCCCCACAGAGGUCAAUAUUCACUGCCUGGUACUCUCCCUCGUGUGUGUGUGUGUGUGUGUGUGUGUGUGUGUGUGUGUGUGUGUGUGUGUGUGUGUGUGUGUGUGUGUGUGUGUGUGUGUGUGUGUGUGUGUGUGUGUGUGUGUUGCAGGAAGGUGUUUGUCUUUUUUUUAUAUGGAGGCCCAGAACCGUAGAAAAAGCAGCACUAUCGUUAUACAACUGAGCUGGCCUGCAGCACUGCAAUUAACCUGAACAGCAUUCACACACACACACACACACACACACACAGGCAUGUGCGAACACACACUUACACACACACACUUUUACACACAUGCCCUAUCAUAACCGCUGUGACCAAGGUGCCUCCAGAAACCGCUUUACUGCUAAGUGCUGCAAGAAGAGGCCGCUUCAUUUCAAGUUCUACACCAUUUUGAUGUUUUCUUUUUAUCAUGAAGGAAUGUGUACGAUGUUUUGUACGAUCAUAUUUGGUUGAUAAAGAAAGAAUUAAAGGUGUUUUUGGUGAUUUUAUGGAUAAUUAAUUCAACCUCAAACUAGGAAUAAAAGUGUUUGGUGAACUCUGAAGGAUUUCAUGUAAAGCAAAUUCCAGCCUUGUCCCUUUUGUAGACAUGUUGUAUUUUUCUUAAUGUCUUUCACGUUAAACCUCGGAGGUGUGUGACUUUUUCAAUGUGAUAUCAGCCCUGCCUUUCAUCCAACUGAUCUCCUCAUCCCCCCGUGUGUCUUGACAUCUACCUGCCCCAGCUUCUCCGCUCUUCUUACACCUGGCUCGGGAUGACUCACAGUCAUCCUCUCACCCGAUGUAUCUGCUCCAUCUGCUGCUGCGGCCGCCGCUGCUGCUGCUCUCGGAUUCUUUUACUACAUAUUUCCUCUCAUUCCCUUCUGUGACAUUACACAGCCAGUCCAUCUCUUCUCGUUUCUUUCUAAAGGAGGCCGUUCCUGUUUAUUUUAAGGUCGUGUGUGUCUCUGAUACGGCUUCCAGGGACUGCGCUGAUGUGCUCACGUGUUCUCGCGAGUCAUCAUGCUCCUGUACAUUAAGCGGACAGCUGUGAUCAUACACACACACAUGGCCCACACUCCAACACACAACGUGUGGUUGUAAGAGGUGUGUGCUUUUUUUUUGUACGAUCAUAUAUCUAUACUAUUUUCUUCUAGGAAACACUCAAACACACAGAUGCUCUAAAGCUCUCACACCUCCUUGAACCCUCAAGCCAACAGCUGCCUUAAUUCUAAUAUAUUCAUUAUUGGUUAUUAGUGGGGAUUUAUCCCAAAACCUCUCAUUGUCGUUGCCUUUGUGGCUUUCUGUCAGCCGCUCUGAGAGACGCUCGACCUAUUGUUGAGACGAGGUCAAUCUGAUUGUUCAAAGGGUCAGACUCGUCGAAAAUUUGAGCAACAUUUAGAUUUAAGCUCAAGAGAUGUCGGAAAAGAAAAGAAAAACAUCCUGAGAUAAGGGUUUAAUUUAUUUAUCAAUUUUUAUUAUCUGAAGACUGUUAAGCUGGAAUGAUAUUUGUUAGCAAUUUAUUUAUCAAAAGAAAUAAAUUCUUUUAGAAAAUUAUUUUAAAAUGAUUUUUUAUUCUUGAAAACAUUAAAGCUCCACACAGAUUCUGUUUGCUUUAAGGUCCGUACACACUUUUCACUCCUUUUCCUUAUUCUAUCCAAGGUGCACAAUGUCGCUCUUGGCCGUUGACUUCACCUAACCCUCCCCCCAUUUCCAGUGUCCUCUCCUCCCCCCCAAACAUACACAUACACUCAUAAAUAUACAUAGAAACUCACCCACACACACACACACACACACACACACACACACACACACACACACACACACACAUAUACGUAUAGAUAUAGGCAGCCUCGUCCCGCCUGGUGCCUCCGUCGCGUCACAUCGACCGGAGGGGCUGGAACUGGUGCACCUUGACCCUCAACCCCUGACCUCUGACCUCUGUUGUCUGCCUCUGUAUGGGCUUUGUGUGUGCGUUAAUGUGUCUGUGUGUAUGGGCUUCAUAUAUAAAUAUAUAUCUGUGUGUGUGUGUGUGCGUGUGUGUGUCUGUUAAUCAGGGGAUGUGAAGCAGCUGCUGGUCUGGAUCCAACGGAACCUGCUGAAGGAACGGCCGGAGCUCUUUGUCCAGGGAGACUCUGUGUGAGUGUGUAUGUGUGUGCACUUGACACACACUUGAUCUGUAUACUGCUUUACAACCUUGCAGGAUUUCUGUUACACCGCACAACCACUGGAUCCAUUUUAUAAUCCAAAAUUGACAGUGAAUUUGAUCAGAAAAGAUUUGUCAGAACAUUUCCUAAAAUGUGGGAAAAAAGUGACAAAAUAACAGAAGUAGUCUUUGAGAUUUCUGAGGCACUUCUCCUGCAGCUUAGAACUGCUGAAAUGCCGAAAAAAAGCCCUAGCCUUCAGGUUAUGGGUUUCAGUAAGAUGAUUACCUGUGUGCAAGUGUGCUUUGUGUGUUUCUCCACACACUUAUAUAUUUGUGUGUGUGGGUCCAGCUCUCACAGCAGUCUUAUAGGACUGGCUGACUUUUACUGCUGCCUUUGUGCAGGACUAUUUAUAGCUCCACCUAAACCAAUGAAUGGAGAAAAAGCCGGGCUACCUAUAAACCUUGUAGAUUAGAUGUGUGUGUACUUUAUGUUGGGGGCAGACACACACUGUCUUUUGGGCAGACCCUCAUCAAGGUGUUUCCUCAUCUUUAAAAAAAGGUGUGUUUUUGAUCAGUUUAGUUUUUUUUUUUUUUUUUCUAGAUGUAGGCUUGGUGUUUUGCGUGUUCAUGCUGUGUGUGCACACACGUUUGUUAUCACAGGUUACACUCAUGCUGCCCUUCUGUACUGACGUCAGAGCGCAUCCACAAGGUGUAAGGUGGAGAGGAGCAGCAUGAGAGGCAGCAGCAUCUGUAACACCAUCCACAGUACUCGAACAGUUUCCUAUGUGGCUUUAAAAAAAAUACAUAUAUGUUGAGAUGACUGCACCCAUAGGUGCCUGUCGUAACCCUCCCCCUCUAUCCCCAGACUCCUUUUUUAAAAGGCAAGGGAUUUUGGUUAAAGCCGUCUUUUGUGUGUUAUUUUUGGGCCAUCAUAAUUUUUGUAGACCCCCUCCCCCAAUCUCUGUACUCUCUUCCCUUAGCCACUUAUAUCUGUUUAACGGGAAAAAAGCCACCUUUGCUUUUAGUCCUUUUUAGCCGAGAAGUGUUUCUGAUAUGAUAUGAUAUCAGAUGAUGAAGGCACUCCAUGUGUAUUUUUAGAAAGAGGGGAUUAAUUGUGUAGAUUAUAAGAAGCAAUGAGAAUAACUGAAUACUGACCCUGUUAAUUAUUACAUGAACAUAAGUCACACACAGUUACAUGGACCAGUCGAUUUAUUUUCAUAGAUACAGUGUUUUGUCUAAAACUUAAUCACAGGUUGUCUUCAUUCAUUUCCAAGAUGGUGUUUAAAUUCAAAUUAAAACAACAAAUUAUAUUAUAGCAAGAUAUUACCACUGUGUGAGUUCUUUAUGUUUCUGGGGAAUUUUUUAAUUGUGUGAUUUUUAUCAGCAAAAUCUAUCACUUUGAAAUUUUGGCUGUAAAUAGGGAUUUAUAUGCCAAAACAAACAAACAAACAAGAAAAACAAACAAAUAAACAAACAAAAAACUCACUGAAAUCUAAAAUUUCAGGUCUCAUAAAGACUUAACUGUGCUUGGUAAUUAUUGGUAGACACUAAUUAAGUGAUGUAAUCAAAAUUUGCUCUAAUUAUUUUAAUCACAAUGUGCAUUAAUUAUAUAUAAUUACAAUAUGCUUAGACUAAACAGGCCUUUUUCAAAGAGAAUGAAAUUUAACUUUAUAAAGCAAUUUUCUUUUCUUUUUUUAAAAUUAUAUAUCACAGUUAUCACAUAUAUAGAUUUCAUUGAUAUGACAUAAAAAGCUUGUAAUUUUUUCUUGAUUAUAUAUUCAUUAAUUGAUUGUUAAGUGGAUUUUUUUCCCUUCAUAUCUAUGAAUGCUUUCCUGCUCUACCUGUUUAAAUCCCUUACACGUGUGUGUAUAUGCAUCUUCUUGCUAGUGUUACCUUUGGGAAAUGUGUCUGACCCGUAGACGUUUCUUCUCCCACAGGAGACCUGGGAUUUUGGUGCUUAUCAAUGAUGCAGACUGGGAGCUAAUGGUGAGCACUGGGAGCCACAUUCACUGUCAGAUGGUAUAGAGAGUGUGUGUGUGUGUGUGUGUGUGUGUGUGUGUGUGUGUGUGUGUGUGUGUGUGUGUGUGUGUGUGUGUGUGUGUGUGUGUGUCCUGCAGUCUGUCAAAACAUACAUUGCCUUUACUUAAAGCUAUUUUAACCCAUAUUUUCAGCUCUCAGAAUGCACCAUCAUAGUCUAAAACGAUGGGGGAGUGUGCAUGUAGCAGUUUAAUGUCCUUAUUCAUAAAUUCAAAUAGCUCUAAAAUGCCUAUAUUUACACCAGGAAGAGGAAGACUGCGCGUGUGUGUGUGAGUGUGAAGGUUAGCGACUGAGAUUGUUCAUUUUCUCUGAGUCACUUCAUGUUUCACGUAAUGUGAACACAGCUGCAGAACAAGUUUGUCCUUGGGGCCUCAUAUAUCUGAACACAUAUUUACAUGCACACACAGUCUGAAUGCUUCAAUUUGAAUCCAUUGAUUCAAUUAUAGGACGUAACACAGGUUGUAAAUGAAAUGAAAAGUUUGUCAUUGAUUGGACUACAGCAGGAACACAGGGGUAUUUUUCUCCUCUGACUUGCAGAGGUGUUUGAAUAUUGAAUACUUUGUGUGUUUUCUUAACCUCAGGGGGAGCUGGAUUACCAACUACAAGACCAAGACAACGUGGUGUUUAUUUCUACCCUUCAUGGAGGAUAAAGUGAAUUGAGGAAAACAAACAUCUCUGGAAAAGACUUUUCUUCACAUCUCCUUCCUCUCUCUCUCCCCCCCUCACAUCUCAACAACACGCCAUCCCAUUGGAUGCUGCCCGCACCGUGACAUCUGCGGUGAUUGAUGUUGGUCCGCAGGAAUGAGCGGAAAUUUAGAGAUGGUCACAGAGAAAAAUGUGGAAAUGGUGAGAUUGGAAUUUAGUGGACGACUGUAUACCAACAUAUUUUAUUUCUAAUAGUGGAAGGGUUUCAAGGGCAAACAUGUGAAGCUCGGGUUGUACUUAUCACCUCACAGAUGUGUAUUAAUGCCCACAUUUGGUGUAUAAACCUUUCCCUCCCACAUCAUUUAUUUCAGCAUAAUUGCAAAAAUCCAUAAAAACCUUACAGUGAAGCCCCAACAAACAUGAGGUUGAUCAUGAAAAAUAAUGAAGACCGUUAACAGUUGUUCAAAAGUCCCUCUCAAGUGUUUCAGUGCUUAAUCAAGAGGGUUGUAUUUCUUUCUUUUUUAAACAAAUAUUAAAUCUUACCCCAUAAAAACUUUUUCCCCCUAUUUCUACUGUGUUCUGUCGUUCAAGAUCAGAGAGAUCCAGCAGAAAGUUCACGAUGCUCCUUGUGUGCAUUAAAGUAAACCAGUAAUUAAAGAAUCUGCACAUUGCCUUACAACAUUAUAACUUGUCAUCUGAACAAUUUAUCAGAUGUUACUUUCCCACUUCAAAUGCAGACUGUCCGUAUUUAUAUUUCUAGAGAUUAAAAAAAAGCAUUUUUCUGCAAAUAAUGACUAUGUUCCCUUCUAAAUAAGUACAAAACUCAGUUUCUUUUUGGGUUUUUUAUUUUUUUAUUAUUUUUUAUUUUUUAGCAAAUAAUUUUAACAUUACGUAGAUUUUUUUCUACUUGUUUCAAUUUUUAUUGUAUGACUGUUGCAAAGUUUUUCCUCCUCAUAAGAAUUUUCUGACUUACUGAAUAGUGAAUAAAAAAAAGAAACAGAAAUGGGAAACUUCUGUAUUAUAAUAUAAUAUGCAACAACCAUUUGUUUGGCAGUAGUCUUGGAAAGUAGCAAAUCAAGACAAAAAUAACUUUUUAAAAAAUAAUUUUAUUUUAUUUAUUUUAUCAAACAACAUUUGAACUCUUAAUUCAUGAAAGACUGUAGACAAACAUGGCAAAAAAAUAAUCUUUUGUGGUACAUUUCCCGUCAGCUAUCGUCUAUGGGGAUAAACCAGUUUAAAUAGUAUAACUUCACUGUAAUUGUCGAUAAAUAUAAUGCGUUUAGGUACUUUGCAAUGUCAGCCUAGUGUGUACUUAAGAUUAGCAAGGUCCAAGCAGUCUGUGAACCGCACUGAGGCCUUCAUCCUGACGCUUUUCUCAAUUAGGAUUUUGCAUCACGCUUCGAUAAUUCCUGCUGAUAGCUUAUAUCUGAUCGAUUUUAGGCCUUCUCUGUGAUCACACUGCAGUUUUAGGCUGAUUAGACGAGACUACAGGGGGAUUUUACCGUCCUGUGGCCCCUCUCAGCUGGAAUAUUCAUAAGAGGGGGUGCCGUGUAUGCGUGUGUUUCUAUGUGACUGUGGUGGUGGUGAAGAUGGUGGUGGUGCUGUUGGUGGGUGGGGUGUGAACUACAGGAGCACUGCGGGAGGUCGAGUUCUAGCCUCCGGGUUGCCCUCCUCUGAACGCCCGGGGCGACCUAAAACCUUUUCUCGGUGGUAGAGUCCGAUUUGCAACGGGAAACCGGCCGAUAAUGGCGGCUAGAAAGGAAAUGCUAAUGAAGCUAGGAGGGGGUCAGAGAGGAGAAAACGAAGCUCUGUUUUAGCUAGCUGGAGUUGAGGCCUUUUCACUUCUUUUUGGACCAAAUAUCAAAAGAUAUCAAAUGUUAGAAAGUUGAUUCAGGCCGUGUCCAUUCUUAAGCUGUUAAGGGUAUUUAUUACAGCCAUUACGUGCACAUUAUGCCACUCUAGUGACCUAUAAUUCCUGUGCAAAUUCAUCGCUUUAUCCCCUCUCGGCUUCCGUUGUUAUUUACUUCAGCUAUAAUACAGUUAUAAAUGGACGUCUUCCAUGAGUCCUGCAGAGUCUGGACUAUUUCCUGGGAUCAGCCCUUCAGUUUGCACACUGACUGUCUGGCUGCUCUGCAGGAGGGAUGGUGACGAUGCUGGUGGUGAGACAUUGAACGCACCAUCAGAUCAUACACGGUCCGGGUUACAACAGAGGGCAUCACAAGCCUAUCAUCUCCAGUCUGCAAAACACUCCUAAAGUAGAUGUAAAACCUACCAGAGGAUAAUUUUACAGUCUUGCAUUGUGCAAAUAAUAAGUUUAUUAUUUUUAUAUUUUUUAAAUUGUUUUGACUAAAUAAAGGGUAUUUUGAAACAGAGCUUCGCAUUUCAGAAAUGCUAAAUUUAUGUCUAAUAUUGAGACUGUACUGACACAAUUUAGCCAUUUUCUUUUAAAAAUAAAUAUGCACGUUAUUGGAUGUUGUAUGACACUGAAAAACGAAAUAGUUGAUAACCACAGUAAGAGUAAAAUAAAAUAAAACAGCGCCUUGCCUGCUGAUUUUAAUUCGAAACACAUCUGCUGCCAGAUUAGCAGAUUUGGCUCUUGUAGUUUCCAGCAAAGAGUUCAUUGCUGAGAGUCAAAUAUGCAGCUCAUAUUUCACAAACUUAAGCUGCACGUCCAAAUAACUUUUUAAUUAAAUUUAUUUUCAACCCUGUUGAGGCUCGACUUUACACCAGUAGCCUACUGCAGCCUGAUAUUUAAGCUUUUUUUUUAUUGCAUACACUCUUCGGUUAUUUUUUGCAUAAAGAUAUAAAGUUGAGCAAAUCAUGCAGUCUUGAGGAAAAGGCUUCCCAUAUUAAAUAUUUCAUGUGCGAAUAUUCUGCACUGUACAUGAAGAGAAUCGGCAGCAGUCUUUUACAGACAGAUAUGAUUCACUGAUCCCCUUGAAUUAACAAAGAUUAGCCUUUAGUGUUUUAUCACAACACGUGUUUUAUCACAACACGUGUGUGUGUGUGUGUGUGUGUGUGUGUGUGUGUGUGUGUGUGUGUGUGUGUGUAGUGUCUACAACAAAAUACUAAAUUGAAACCAUUAAAAAAGAUAUUUGAGGAUUUCUUCGAGCCUAGAGGUUAUAUAGCCUAUUUUAAAUGUAAUGUUAAAACGUAUAGUCUCUUUUUUUAUCUUUUACAAAACAAACACAGUUGUAAAUGCUCAAUAAUUUUAAAAAUGGGGACGUGUUUUUGGCAGGAAAAAGUUUGGUUUUUUUCUGGAAAAAAAGAAAGAAAAAUUAAAAAUGGGAAGACAAUAAUUUGUAAAAAAAAAAAAAAAAAAAAGCUCUUGAGAGCGUCCCACGUGAUAAAUCAGGGACGCUGUUUGGCUCCACAGAUUUGGCAGACCUCUUCUGUCCUGCUUGUUUGCUGUUUGCAUAACACCAUAAAAGCUCUACAUGCUCUUUUUAAACAAAGUUUUAAGCAAGUUGUGUUUGAUACAUUUCUUUAGCUUCGUUUUACUUUUACUCUCAAAUACGAAGGUUUUAUUUGAGUAUCUUUUCCACCUACCAGAUAAACGCUUUUAACUAAAACAUUUGUGAAAUAAUUGAUUGAUUUAUUUGAAGCUGAUUCAAUUUCCUCCUAAAAGACUUUGUGUGUCUGAUGGUCCAGUUUUUUUUAAUAGCCUUGCUCAUCUUCUUCUGAUGCACACAGGCCUCUCUUUGACCACUCCACUCACUGCUUUCUACCAUUUGCCAAACACAGUCGAUACAUCGAUGCUUCUCGUCGAUAUUUGCCAUUUAAAACAAACAGUCCUGAUUAGAUCUUCGAAUAAGUGUAAAUACCAAUCGGGCCAUGCAAAACGCUCACCACAAGAACAUGUUACAUGAGGCAGAAUCAGUUUUUCUUACUCCGCUUUAUUGGAGUGUUUUCUUUUUUUCCUCCACUCUUUUUUUUUCUUUGCAUCUUACCUGAAAUGAGACAGUUAGAAAACAAAACGACUCUACAAGGCCUUUCUAUAGAGGCGUCUUUGUGGUGUGGAGGCCUACUUUCUGCAUGUGGCGUUUGGCCAAAGACAGCAGCAGUGAUGAAUGUGAGUCUGCAGCAACAGAUGUCCAUACACAAUUCUUGGGGUUGAAUUUGAGUUUACUCAAGAAUUGCGUUUGGACAAUCAGACGCUAAAGACUCUGUAUAUCCCCUGCCAGAGGUUAAAAGCCGAUAUUGAGCUAUUUAAUCAUUUAAAUCUCAAGUGAGCAUGAGCAGUUAGUGUAGCUGUAGGCCCAUGGCUGCACCUGCUACGGCUGCCUGCAUGCCCUUUGACAGAAUGAGCUGCGCCUGACACUGAAACUGAUUCCUAUUUGACGACAAAGAAAGAGAGCACAGCAAUUUGCAUUAUUUCUGACAAUAUUGCAGCUUUCUCACAUGCAUUUGCAGCAAAAAAACAAACCUCAAAAUAUUCUUUGCAAUAUACUAAACCUGCAACACUCAGAAUGCCUCUGCACACUCUUAUAAAUUAGCAGCUUAAGCAGCCUUUAAAUCGGACUGGGGGAAAAAGUGCAUCAUCAUUAUAAAAUAUUUCUAAUGCAAAAGAAGCAUAGUUGCAACCACAACCACUUUCUUCUGACCCCUCUUCUUCAAAGCAGCUUAUCCUCUUUUACCUCUCCACGUCUUGUAAAGUUAACCCCAACUCAGUCCACCUCUCUGGGGCCUUAAGAUGGCUGAAACGCAUCUUAAAGUAAAAUGUCAUCUCCUUUGGUUUCACCAGGGAGCCCCACUUUCAAAGUGUUUCAGGAGAAAAAAAAGUGAGCAGGACUUCUCUUUCAUCUCAAAGUCCGAGGUGAGAACGCCAGGGAGACGCUUCGCCAUUUCUGCACCUGUUUACUAUCAUCGAUUUAAGAGAAGACUGCUCAGUUGUGGAGCCUCAGGGUGCACAAAGGCUUUUCCAUGGGUGUUUAAUCUUAAAAAAAGAGAAGAAGAAAAAGGAAAAGAAGAAGAGAAACCCCCCCUCAUCUUUUGAGAAAGACUUAAAGCGUUAAUGUUCUUCCCUCUUGUGUUUUAAAGCCGAUUUUCUUUUCAAAAAGGAAACCCCUUAGUUCCCGGUGGUGGUGCGUCCUUGGUUCAGUUCCCACGAUGUGCGUUCUCCCCGCUCCAAAUCCCCUCGAGCCAGCAGCAGCAGCAGCGUCGGAUGGUGACGAAAAGAGGCUGAGGAGCAGGAGGAGAGGAGCGGACUCCUGCCUUCCCCCUUUUACUCCCAUCCUUCCUUCUCGGCUCUCUCGUGCUGACUGACUGCCUGGAUGCCUUGCCUCUCUCCUCCUCUCUCUCCUCCUCUCUCUCUGACUGUGUGCCCUCAUGGCUUUUUCUCCCAACAAUAAACGCUGCGUCCGCGGCGCGAGGCGGAGAGAGGAGUGGAGAAGGUCCUCGCUUGGUACUGAAUUUGAAUAACACCACGGGGUGAUAAAUGUCCAUUGUACUGCUUAAGUAAUGAAUCUCCGCUGUCCUCUAUGUCACACACACACAUACACACACACAUAGCCUACACACACGUACACACACACGCCAGCAGCUGCGAUGAGGGACCAGCAGCCCCUCUUAAAGACACAACAGCCCUAUUUUCUCCCCAAAAAGAGAUUACAAUCCCGACACUGUUUACUCUCUGACC